CCUACCCUGGAAGCGGGGCGAGGCAUCCGGACUGAAGCUGCCCGGGGAUCCACGUGUCCGGCGAUGGCAGGCCUGUCCAUUGCAGACUGUGCCAGUCUCCACGAAGGACAUCCCCUACUCCCAUCAGCUAGUUUUCGGGAAUCAGUGACCUUCAAGGAUGUGGUCGUGAACUUCACUCAGGAAGAAUGGAAACACCUGGAUCCUACACAGAGAAAUUUGUUUAGAGAUGUGACACUGGAAAAUUAUACACACCUAGUCUCUAUAGGACUCCAGGUUUCCAAACCUGAUAUGAUUUCCCAACUAGAGCAAGGGACAGAGCCAUGGAGUGAGGAGUCAUCCAUUCCUGUUGGUUCCUUGGAAGGCUGGAGGACAAGACCUGAAAAUGGUGUGUCACCCCUAGAACAUGACAUUUCUGAAGAGCAUCUCUUCUUAGAGGCAGUAUUAAACAACCACAAAAGGGAAAAUUCUUGCAGCUCCAAUGUCUUAGAAACAUGGAAAUCUGAUGGGAGUUCAGAGAAGCUUCAGGCAAACCAACAGAUGCUGCCAAGGGCAAUAAAAAUAACUGAGAAAACGGCACCCACUUGUGAGAGCAGUUUCACUGUGUGUUCAAGCCUUGCAACACAAACAGAAGUAGCUCUGGAGCAAACUACUACGAAAACAAGAGCCAAGCAGAAUUCACCCUCAGUUAAAAAAGAGAAGCUGUGUAAGUGCAAUGAAUGUGGUAAAGCUUUUACUUACUGUUCUGCUCUCAUUCGCCAUCAAAGGACACACACUGGAGAAAAACCCUAUAAAUGUGAUGAAUGCAACAAAGCUUUCAGCCGAAGCGAAAACCUUAUAAACCAUCAGAGAAUCCACACAGGAGAGAAACCGUACAAAUGUGACCAGUGUGGAAAGGGUUUCAUUGAGGGUCCAUCUCUCACUCAACAUCAAAGAAUUCAUACUGGAGAAAAACCCUACAAAUGUGAUGAAUGUGGGAAAGCCUUUAGUCAGAGGACCCAUCUUGUUCAGCAUCAGAGAAUUCACACUGGUGAGAAACCAUACACUUGUAAUGAGUGUGGAAAAUCCUUCAGCCAGAGAGGCCACUUUAUGGAACACCAGAAGAUUCAUACAGGUGAGAAGCCUUUCAAAUGUGAAGAAUGUGAAAAAACCUUCACCAGAAGCACACAUCUUACUCAACAUCAAAAAAUUCAUACCGGAGAGAAAACUUACAAGUGUAAUGAAUGUGGAAAGGCCUUCAAUGGCCCUUCAACGUUUAUCCGUCACCAUAUGAUUCAUACUGGAGAAAAGCCUUAUGAAUGCAGUGAGUGUGGAAAAGCCUUCAGUCAGCACUCAAACCUGACUCAACAUCAAAAAACACACACUGGGGAGAAACCCUAUGACUGUGCAGAAUGUGGAAAAUCCUUUAGUUACUGGUCAUCCCUUGCUCAACAUCUGAAAAUUCAUACAGGAGAAAAGCCCUACAAAUGCAGCGAUUGUGGAAAAGCCUUCAGUUACUGCUCAUCCCUUACUCAGCAUCGAAGAAUUCACACUCGAGAAAAACCCUUUGAGUGCAGUGAAUGUGGAAAGGCUUUCAGUUAUCUGUCAAACCUUAAUCAGCAUCAGAAAACUCAUAGCCAGGAGAAAGCCUAUGAAUGUAAGGAAUGUGGGAAAGCCUUUAUUCGAAGUUCAUCUCUUGCUAAGCAUGAAAGAAUUCAUACAGGAGAGAAGCCUUAUCAAUGUCAUGAAUGUGGGAAAACCUUCAGCUAUGGCUCAUCCCUUAUUCAGCAUAAGAAAAUCCAUACUGGGGAAAGACCUUAUAAGUGUAAUGAAUGUGGGAGAGCCUUCAACCAGAAAAUACACCUUAUACAACACAAGAGAAUUCAUACAGGAGCAAAGCCGUAUGCAUGUCCCAAGUGUGGUAAGACCUUUCGACACUGUUCAUCUCUUACCCAACAUCAAAAAACUCACACAGAAGAAAAGCCCUACCAGUGUAACAAAUGUGAAAAAGCCUUCAGCCAGAGCUCCCAUCUGACUCAGCAUCAGCGAACUCAUACGGGAGAGAAGCCCUAUAAAUGUAAUGAGUGUGACAAAUCCUUUACCCGGAGGAUGCACCUAAGUGAACAUCAGGUUACUCACACUGGAGAGAAACCUUACAACUGUAAUGAGUGCCCAAAGGCUUUCAGCCAGAGCACAUACCUUACUCAGCAUCAGAAGAUUCAUUCAGGGGAGCUUUUUGGGUGUGAUAACUGUGGGAAAGCCUUCCGGUAUCGCUCUGCUCUCACCAAACACCAGAGACUUCACCCUGGCGUGGCUGCUAUAGGAACAUCAUAACUAGCUGCUCUAUCCACUUUGGUUUUAUAAUGACGAAUCAGAGCUGGGUAGGAACCUCUUAAAAUAUUUUAAAUUCUCCUUAUCACACGAGGGGCCAAGAGCCCAUUGGGCUGACCUAAUCUAAGUAUGCUACUAAAACAACAUUGUGACAUGCUAUUUUAAGUUUCUUCUAUAAAUGAGGUGAAGCAAAAGAUUCAGAGAUGAUUUGAAAGGUAGUUUGGAGUUUUAUUCUCUGUUUUGUAUACUUUAAAUAUAUUCAUAAAUAGUUGCACUAUAUUAUCCACAUUUUGUCUUGGAUCUACAAUGUGUGUGGUUUUUGCAUGUUUUGCUAGUAGAAGAAAUUUGUGCCUCAGUAACUAGGAAUUUUUUUUGUUCCUAUUCUAAUGCACUUAUGUUAUUCAGGUAACU